UCUCAUUUGUCUCUGUCUGUCUCUCGUUCCCUUAUCUCUUCACGCUCGGCAACGGCGGCGGCGGACGUAUGCUGCUCGGCGCUCCCGCAAGCAACGUGGCGACCGGCGAGGGCCGACCUCCCGCCUCCCGGCUUCAGGAUUCAGCGCGAAUCGAAUGCCACAGAGGCACGACGGCGCUUAGCGAGUCGAAGCCCGGCGGAGCUGCGAUGCUCCUCGAGCGGGAGCCGAACGGAGCGGCGGCGCUCGGCGAGCCUGUAGCGGACCCUUCACGAGGGCGACGAGUUGGCUCCUCUCACACGACUUGGCUUCUGCGACUUGGAGGCGAGCUGCUUCUGCACAGCAUGUCAUGUCCGACGUCGAACCGGUGCAGCGUCUGCGGCCUGGCCGACCUCUUCUGGCACGCUCUCAUCCAACCAGAUAGAGGAGUCAGACUCCUACUCAAGGCCGGCAGGCGGCUCGUUGGACUCGUCGGUCGGGCGGACCUUUGGUCGCUGUUGCUCGACCCGUCCAGGAAGCGGCACUCGGCAAAAGAAUUCAACUUCAUCACUCUGGUCAGACAACAAGAUUAGUCAGAGACAACACAACAGCAGAAUGAAAAUGAUAAAUCACUAUAGUUAAGGUUGUUGGAGGUAUGCCCUAGAGGCAAUCAUAGAGAUGAUGAUAU